AUGUUCUUCCGCAAGAAGGACCCAGAGGCACCGCCAGAGAUCCUGAACUGGCGACUAUGGUUCGGCGUGUUCGUCUUCGGCCUCAUGGGCGCCGCCCGCGGUCUCGAUGAGGGCUUGACAGGCACGACCGCCACCCUUAGCAGCUUCCGACACCUGACGGGUCUCGACAACAAAGCUCUCAGCGCAGCCGACAAAGCCGACCUCCUCUCCAACAUCACCUCAAUGGUACAAAUGGGUUCUAUCCUCGGCGCCCUAGUAGCCUUCUACCUCACGGACAAGAUCGGUCGACUCUGGGCAACACGCGAGCUGUGCGUGGUCUGGGUUGCUGGUAUCGCUAUCUACCUCAGUGCUGCUUCAACUGGGAGCCUGGGUAUGAUCUAUGCUGGACGAUUCAUUGCUGGUGUUGGUAUUGGCCAGACGACUGUUGUUGCCCCGACUUAUCUGGCCGAAGUGGCUCCUCGAUUCGUUAGAGGUCUCUGCGUGUGCAUGUUCUCUGGCUCCGUCUACCUUGGCAUCAUGCUUGGCUACUUCAGUAGCUGGGGCUCCUCGCUACACAUCAGCGGGACAACACAGAUGCAGUGGGUCGUACCGAAUCUGUUGCACAUCUACUUCGCGGUCAUCAUCGCCGCACUCUCAUUCUUCGCGAUCGAGAGUCCUCGCUGGCUGGUCAAGGUUGGCAAACAUGAAAAAGCUGCUACCAACCUCUCGAAGCUUCGCAACUUGCCGACCGACCAUUGGUAUGUGCAAGCUGAACUCUUGGACAUCAACGACCAGCUCAGCCGCGAACGAGAGGCGACGAUGGGCACGAAAUGGUUCGGCACAAUCAGAGAGCUAGUCAUGCUACCCGCCAAUCGCUACAGACUCAUGCUCUCCGUCGCAUCACAAGUCCUAGGCCAAUGGUCUGGAGCGAACAGCAUCACGAUCUACGCGCCCGAGUACUUCGCCAUGAUGGGCACGACUGGGUCGAACGAGAAGCUUUUCGCGACCGCCAUCUUCGGUGUCGUCAAAUUCGUGUCGUCCAUGCUGUGCGCAUUCUUCCUGAUCGACUACCUGGGCCGCAAGAGGAGUUUGAUGACCGGUAUCACUUUGCAAUUCCUCGCUAUGCUCUACAUGGCCAUCUUCCUUCUGAUGGACACCAGUAUCGAAGAGGAAGGCGCAAUUGUUGCUGGUAGCGUUAAGCGAGCAGCUAUUGGUGCGAUCGUCAUGAUCUACGUGUCGGGCUUCGGUUGGGCUUGGGGAUGGAACAGCAUCCAAUACCUCAUCAACUCCGAAAUCUACCCUCUACGCCUCCGCGCCAUCGGCGGCAGCUUCGCCAUGACAUUCCACUUCGUGAACCAAUACGGCAACAGCAAAGCCGUGCCCGAAAUGUUUCUUACCUUGACGACCGGCGGCACCAUGAUGUUCUUCUCCGUCGUCACGCUGCUGGGUCUGGCAUGGGCCUGGUUCUUCUUGCCUGAGUUGAGCGGGAAGAGUUUGGAGGCGACUGAUGCGGUGUUUGACUUGCCUUGGUAUAUUAUUGGAAGGAAGGGCAAAGACUUGACGGCGGGUGUUGGAGGGGUUGUAGAGGCUGUUGGGAAGAAGGGUGGGGUGGAGAGUGUCGAGACUGUUGAGAGGAGGGUGUAA